GACAUUCUCGAAAAUGGAUGUAAUAGGCGUACUAGCUCAACUGCUUUUGUCAGUACUAGUGGUAUGGCUAUUAUAUCAUCAGAAGUUGAGGGACGAGUAUGCCCGUAAGGUUAUACAUCUAAUAUGUCAGCAACUAUCAAAUUUAAAUCAGAACCAAUUUGUGCAAAGUAAAGCAGUGGAAGCAGCCUUUGAGGCUAUCAAGAAUGACAACCCAGAUAUUGUAAUAGAAAUUACAAAAGCCAAUGAAAAUAUAUUAUGGAGCAGUACAGAUCCUGAAGAAUCAACAAGCUUGUUUGCGUGUGCUGUAACAAAUCGUCAAGAGAAAGUGGCACAAUUUCUUCAUGAACUAGGUGCAAGCACGGAUAGAAAUAUAAUUAAUAUCAUCGAUGAAGAUGGAAACAAUGCGUUACAUAUAGCAGCGAAGUUAGCUCCUCAUUCUAAGUUAAGCCACAUUUCUGGUGCAGCUUUGCAGUUGCAAAGUGAACUGCGUUGGUUUAAGUCAGUGGAAGCCAUUGUUCCAUGGCCGUACAAAAAACAAAAAAAUAAAGCCGGAGAAACUCCAUUCCAAGUGUUCGACAGAGAACACAAGGAUUUAUUAAAGGAAGCUGAAGAAUGGAUGAAGAAAACGGCAGAAUCUUCUACAGUCGUAGGUGCACUCAUCGUAACUAUUAUGUUUGCCGCGGCUUUUACUGUUCCCGGUGGGAAUAAUCAAAGUACUGGCUUCCCCAUAUUUUUGAACUCAACGGACGAAUCUUCUACACUGGUACCUUUCACGGUAUUUAUGGUAUCAGAUGCAAUUUCUCUUUUUACUGCAUCUGGUUCAGUGUUGAUGUUUUUCGGGAUCCUCACUUCACGUUAUGCUUAUCAAGAUUUUCUAAUAUCCUUACCCCUUAAGUUGAUGAUUGGUGCGUGUUCACUCUUCAUCUCCAUUGCAACAAUGGCGGUGGCAUUUUGUGCUUCUCUUUGUAUUAUGUUAAAAGGUCGAUUGGUGGUCUUCAUUCCAAUAACUGUGCUUGCUGGCAUUGCUACUGUCAUUCUCUUUAUGUUGGUGCAGUUUCAACUUGUUUUUGAGAUUUAUUCUUCGACCUGUAGAUCACACAUCUUCGGUCCGUCCUUUGCAAUCAUACUAGGAAAAUAUGUCAGGUCGCGGUUAUUUAUAAGUAGACUGCUCAUAAGGCUGAGAGAUAAUUAGUUAAGGUUAUGUAUAUAUAUAUUUUUUAUUUUGCCAUAACUCAAGUGGUUUGGAGGAUUGUAAUAUUCUAUACAUGUUGUAGUUACAAAUGAAUAUCUGGUGGAUGCACAUUGUUUCCGUAUUUUAUAAUUCCGCCGUGUCAAAUUCUUCUU